GGGACGGCCACCGACACCCACUCAGGCAUGGCAUUCGCCAUCGCGUCGCAUUGAAGGCGAGCCCUGUUUCGUUCACUUGCCAACUCCGGUCCACCCCCGGCACGUCGUGAGUGCUCUCCGCCGCUCAGAGAUCCCACCUCGCCUGUCUGCGCUCAUUGCAGCCCAGUCUGCCGAGCGGAGCGGACGGACGGACUGACUGACUGGCUGAAGCCAAGGCUUUUUUUCCCUCCUCCAUUCAAGGAUUUUACCUCGGUACAAUACGUUCUCCGGCAGAGGAUAGCCCAAGCAUCACUCAUCCCUCUGUGGACAAUGUUUCUCUUGCAGUACACAGGCCUCAAUGCUCUGCCCUUCGACCCUGCGUCCAACAACGAACCUCUCCAGUUCAACAGCUCUACUGCGCCACUGGUGACAGAGUGUUCUCCCUUGGAAAACGGUGCUGAGAACAGCAAGAAGAGGAAGAGAGCCAGCCUGCCUCCAGAGGGGAUUCGUAAUAUGACCAUGGACUCCAACUCCAUGCCGAUGCCCAUGUCAGACCCGAAUGCCUGGGCAACAGCAAUGAGCAACCUGGGCAUGGCUCCCAUGAGCAUGACAGCACAGCCACUUAUUCCAGAGUUUGACCCCAACCUUGGCAUGAUGACUGGCAUCGCCCCACUGAACCCCAUGAUGCCUGGCCUGGGCAUGGUGCCACCCCCCCUCUCCCAGGAUGUGCCCAUUGUCAAGGAGAUCAUCCACUGCAAGAGUUGUACCCUCUUCCCCCCCAACCCCAACCUUCCCCCUCCAGCCACCAGGGAGCGCCCUCCUGGCUGUAAGACAGUAUUUGUCGGAGGUUUGCCAGAGAACGCCACAGAGCAACUCAUCAUGGAGGUCUUCGGCCAAUGUGGUGAUAUCAUCGCUAUUCGCAAGAGCAAGAAGAAUUUCUGCCACAUCCGAUUCGCAGAGGAGUUCACUGUAGACAAGGCUCUCUUCCUGUCUGGCUACCGCAUCCGUCUGGGCUCCAGCACAGACAAAAAGGACACAGGCCGUCUCCACGUAGACUUUGCCCAGGCCAGAGACGACCUGUACGAGUGGGAGUGCCGCCAGCGCAUGUUGGCCAGAGAGGAGAGGCACCGGCGGAAGAUGGAGGAGGACCGCCUCCGACCCCCCUCCCCUCCCCCCAUCGUCCACUACUCCGAGCAUGAGUGCAGCCAGCUGGGAGACAAGAUCAAAGACGAUGGUAAAUUUCCUGAGGCUGUGCGUGUGCUGCUGACCUGGGUGGAACGGGGUGAGGUCAACCGAAGGAACGCCAACAACUUCUACUCCAUGAUCCAGUCCUCCAACAGCCACAUCCGCCGGCUGAUGAGUGAGAAGGCUCAGCAUGAGAAGGAAAUGGAGGAAGCCAAGGAAAAGUUCAAGACCGCACUGUCCGGGAUACUGGCUCAAUUUGAGCAGAUUGUGUCUGUAUUCCAAGCUGCUUCCAAACAAAAGGCAUGGGACCAUUUCUCCAAAGCUCAGCGCAAGAACUUGGACAUGUGGCGCAAGCAAGCCGAGGAGAUCAGGAACAUGCACAACGAGCAGCUGAUGGGCAUCAGACGAGAGGAAGAGAUGGAGAUGUCUGAUGACGACAUGGAGGACGCGCACGGCACUGACAGCAAGGACUCAGAGGACUCAGGCGUGUCUCAAGCAGAAGCCUUAAAGGAGGAGAAUGACUCUCUACGCUGCCAGCUGGAUGCCUACAGGAACGAAGUGGAGCUGCUGAAACAGGAACAGGGCAAAAACCAGCCAAUCAGGAGCGAGGAGGACAACACGCACUCUCAGCAGCUCAGCUUCCUGCAGCAGGCACUGCAGGGGAUGCAGAAGCAACUGCUGAAGAUGAGGGAUGACUUAAAACAACGAGAGUUGGAGCUUGAGAAGAGUAUGGAGGACAAACAGCAGCUGAAGAACCAAGUCCAGAACCUCAAGGAGGGACUACAGAACCUGCAGACCACACACACACUACAGCUGGAGAUAUCAAAGAGAGAUGACAGAGGGAGUGAGGAGAGCCCUAAUCAAACCAAUGAUGCUACAGCAUCAUCGGUGGUGUCCUGCAGUCAGGAGAAGGAGGGUCACCCAGAGAAGAGUCCCCCAAGUCCCAUCCACACUGAAAGAGAAGCCUUGCUUGUUGGGAUUAUCUCAACGUUCCUCCAUGUCCACCCGUUUGGAGCCAGCAUUGAGUACAUCUGUUCCUACCUGCACCGUCUGGACACCAAGAUCAACCCUAGUGAGGUGGAGGCCCUGCUGUCUCGGCUGCCCUGCACCUUCAGACAGGAGCUGACAGGGGUGGGAGCCAGUCUGGAGAAACGCUGGAACUUCUGUGGCUUUCAGGGAAUCAAGAGCACAUAGGCUCUACAUGAGCCUGCUGGGAUGUGGCGCACACUACAGACACACGAGACAACAAAGAGACAAAAUGGACUCUGUGGAGAUGAGCGAAAUAAACAGUGCAAAGUCCACACCUUUGGAAGACAUGUUAGAGACACAGUGGACUGUACUUAGAUAAUACUAGGAGAAAGAGGACACUCCGUACAGAUCUAAGAUCAACAAGGGAUGUUAUAUGAACAUUUUGUGAACUCUUUGUGGGUGGCAGAGGUAACUCCUUGGUAACAGAAAUGUUGACACGACUCCACGGUGACAGAGACUUCAUAAAAUUGAAAUCUACAUUUUCCCUAUCGAUGCAAAAUCAUUUCUAGAAAAUAAGGUUCUCUGAAAAUCACCAAGGAGCACCAAUUCCAAAUGGAGUGUUACUUAGUUUCGGUCCACAUGGACAGGAUUGUACUGUCUGAGACUUUGGUUGGCUCAGUGUGCUGUCAUUCUGGGCCAGGACUACAGGGCUACCCAGGGAGGUUAUCGGGGAGGUCUAACCGAACCUCUACAACCUUCAAACCCUCUGGCCUUCCCCUCUUCUGUUUUUGCAGUUCCUGGUUUGUAAAAUAGAUCGAAAUGGAUAUAUUUCUUCAUUUUCUGUAAAGGCUGUUAACAG